AUGUGCAGCUUUGCGUCUGCAGUCUCCGGAGCAGUUGCGUCCUCGCCAAAGGAGCACCAUGCGCGAGCGUUAGCACUGCUGAGUGAGCUGCAGAAUGCUGCCGGCUCCGCCACGGCGUCUGCGUCUCUUGCACCGCCGGCAGAGGUGCGAGCAGAGACGUCUCUCUGGAGGAGCUACAUGCAUCCUUUCGCAAGAUUCCUGUGCAACGAAAUCCACGUCAGCGUCUCGGCCGACAAUACAACGCCGUUGUCGUCGGCUUUGUUCACCGACGGCAGAUGGGAUGAGACGCUUCUCAACUGCGUCUGCCAGCUUGCUUCGUGGCCGGACGCUGAGGCGGCAGGAGCAGUUGCGCAGUGGAUGACGUCGCUGGUGCAGGGCUGCGCGCUGAGGAAGGGCACCCGUCUUGUCUCGUCCCUACCUGAGAUGGAGUUGAUGGUGCGAUGCGUGGUGGAGGCGUCAUCGCCAGCGCUGCUGUGCGCGGUGGUGCAAGCAUGCCAAGUGCGCACACGUCGAAUGGAUGGUUCGACAGGCGACGGUGGAGCGGAGUGCAGGAGUGCAGCCACUGCCCUCUACGCAUCACAAGCGGAGGAGGACUUGCAUGUCGGUCGUCGGUGGCAUCCUUGCAUGAGCGAUAGGGCGAUCAAGCUGUCUUUGCAGCAGAUCGUGCAGGUUCUUACCGGCUCCGCGAGGGGCAGACGCAAGGGUAGGGCAGGCAGCGCGUCUGCUGUUACUCUAGCGGCACGCCUCCAGAUUCAGCAGUGCUGUUUGUGCCAAAUUCCACGCCACAUGGAUGACCGCACUCGCCACGAUUGCGCCAUGCUCGCCAUGACAGCCCUCAAGCAGGCACCCUUUACCGUUCUGUUGGCUGCCUACGAAUACUUCCGCGAGGAGGGACUUGCCUCGGCGGUGGUGGCGCAGCGCUUCCUGGCGCACUGUGGCGUGUGCGUCACCCACGUCACCCAGCGCGGUGUCUCACUGGCGACGUACCUCUCGCCUGUGGCAACCAAGGCAGCGGUCGAGGCUCUCCUGCACGCACACAGCACAGUGCUGAGCACCGGCCGUGACUCGAAACAGAUGGAGACAGCGAUGUCGUACGUCACUGCCACGCUGAACGCACUCGGCUACCCGCAUGUCGUGCGCUCUCUCUACAAAGCGCCCAAGCCGACGAUGACGACUGCGCCAGACCCCGGACUCUGUGAGACGCCGCACUCCGUCGUGUCGCAGGUUCUGCUGCGCGACGUAUAUGGGGCCGUUGUUGCUCUGGAGGCCCUCGGCGCCUCCCGUCCAGAAGGGUGGCUAUCGCUGCCACCAGCCGUCACGGAGUCCAUGGCAGCUGUGAGUCGGUUGGUGGGACAAGAGGGCAGCGUUGCUGAAGUGAACAGAUUAUACGCGGCCCUCGUCGGGUUUCAUAAUGCGGGGCUGUUUAUCAGCUACUACGUGGAGUGCGUGCUGGCUGGCAUGUGCGAUCGCAUGCGCGAUAUCGGGAGGCAACAGAAGCACGCACGGGAAAACGUGAGCAAGGUGCCUAGUGCACCUCCUCACGCGAUCCUGGAGCGCGUCAUCCCGGUCUUCCGCGCAACCUUGGGCUACGUUGGUGACGAGCUCAACGCAGACAUAAUUUUCGAGCUUGUUGAAACAGCGCUACAGCUACGGGACUACGCGGUGCCGCUGACAGCUGCUCUCGUCUCGGCUCUCCGUGCGAGUAUGGAGCUGAGUCUGUGUCUGCACGAGCUGCUGUGCCGGGUGGACGCCUCAACGCACAACACGCCGUUUCUCUCCUACUACGCCCUGUGCUACACCAGAGACUUCGGCUCACCCUCCACGUUUGAUCACCUCGCCGCCCUCUGGCGCGUUGACGGCGACACCAUUUGGAAUCGCGCAGCCCACCUUGCCCCGUCGUGCCGGCUGUGGAAGUGCGCCACUUGCGGCCGACUGAACAGCGAUCGCUACAACUACUGUGUGUGCUCAGCGCUGCGAUACAGCCACGUGUUGUGCGGUGCCUGCGGCUACGCGCAGGACGAACGGCUGCGCCAGUGCCGCAGCUGUGGCCACACGCUGCUGCACAAGGCGUCGUUGGCCGGGGCUGUCGCCCGCACGACGUGGCAGUGCCGAGACUGUGGGGCCCGCAAUCCAGCUAGGCAGACGUUGCUGUGCUUCCGUUGCGGAGAGCCAACAGGACCGUGCAUCCAGCAGGACUCCGCCGCAGCAGCCUCCGAAUCUGAGGGCUUGGGGGCGUCCACAUCAGUGAAGCGCGAGUGCUGUUUCAACUGUGAUUGCGACAAAGACCAGAGACGCGGUGCUGCGUCAGCUACCACGCGGAGGGCAGCCACGUACGCGACCGCCGUCGGUGUCUGUCACGAGUGCGGCCGCUUCAAAAUGGACCAUGCCGCGCAGCGCAGCCUUGUGUGGGUAUGCACAGGCUGUCAUCAGCGGCGCAGCUCGCUGGAGCGCAUUUGCCCCUCAUGCCCGCAGGUGGAGUGUCUCCCGCAGGCUGUGUGCCGAGAGCCAGUGAACGUACCGCGCGUGUGCUGCCACUGCGGUCACGAGGAAGUGAACCCGUUCGUGAUGCUGUGUCGGGGUUGCGGCAGCUCCGCGGAUCCUUUUGUUCACCGCGGUGACUCUGCAGACGCCACGUGUAUGCCGGAGCGAGUGCCCGCUGCUAGCGGUCACGCGAGCCCCAUGUCCGCCGAGGCAGUGCCGAACCAACGGCGGCACCAAGUGCACCACUACUGCCUCCACUGUCACCGCAUGCAGGCGCGAGACGACACCGNGCCGCUCCACCAGCAGCACUGUAGCGGGUGCGCGGCAAACUGUGAGGAGAAGGGUCUGUGCUUGCUGCCUUUGCGCCUCUGUGGCGGCUGCAGCGCGAGCUUACCGGCUCGCUACGCGGGUAGCGCCGUCUGCCCAUACUGUGCCGCUUACGUGGAGCUGGCACCGCAGCCGCAAAAGUGCGGCAGUGACAGGGCACAACGGUACUGGACGGCUGUAACGCUGCUUCACACAUGCGAAGUGCUUAACGAAUGCUGUGCCAGAGAAUCGCUGCUCGCGGAGAGAUCGUCCCCCGCUUUGCCGACAGCGCUUGUGUCGGUGAGACCGAAGACUUCGGCAUCUGAUAGUGGCGUUUCUCCCGGCUCCGCAGCGACCACAGUCGACGUCAGUACUCGGGCAUAUCUUCAGAGACGCCCGACCAUAGAGAGGACGCUGUCCUGCCUGCGGCGCGAGUGGGGCAACUUAGACGGUGAUGCUUGGCUAUCCGUGCGCAUGGACGUUGUGACGGUGCUGGGGCGAGCCGUCAACACACUGCGCCCGUGGCUCUCUGCAUCCCUCACGGCGCGCCGUCUCUCCGCCCUCUUAAAGGGCAUCCUUGCGCAUGUCGACUGCGUGUGUGGCGUGGCGGUGACAGGCUCCCAGAACGUCUUCAGUCGCAGCGCGCAGAGCCACUUCUCCCCUGUCGAGGUGUGCCACGAGUGUCUCGGCACCCACCCACCUGCUCUGUGUCCUUUUUUGGAGGACGGUGGCUUGUGGACGUGUGAGGAGUGUGGCUCCUUGAACAGCAACUCAGACGUGUGCCGCUAUGUCUGUGUCAGCUGCCUCGCCUUGCGGCCAGUGACGCAGGACAUGCUCGUCUCGACCUGCUGGGAGUGUCACGCGUGCGAUCGGGCCAAUGUCCAGUUCGAGCGCUACUGUAUCCACUGUGGCGCUGAGCGAGUAGCGUGGAGUACGGUGAUGCUGCCUCACUGGGAUUCUGCUGGCGACGGAGCGUUGACGGGCGACGUAGAUGGUGACGAUGGAUUCCACUCACCUGCUGCCGCAGGUACCGGAGAACUCGACCCCCGCGGCGACGCAACGCACCAAAUCACCGGACUGGCAACAGAGAAGCGGCGCGGGGACGCACCGGGGCAUUGUGUAGGGCUACUGAAUUUGAAGGACCGUGUGCAGGCACUAUCGCCGAGCUUCUCCGAUGCGCUGUCCUGUGGAACAUCAAACGCUUGCCCGCUGGACACCCUCGUAGCCAGCUCCGCUGGUACGGUUGCGCCGGUCCGCAGCGACGAGAUUCCCUUCAGCCCCGCAAAGUGCCCUCUGUGUGGGCUCGUCUACAUCGAAGCACGGUGCCCGCUCUGCCUCAACCACACUCCUGACGUCGCCGAUGCGAGGGGAACGGUGUGUGAGGUGCAGGACCGCUGCGCUUUCAUUCAGCCCAGCGGCACCACCCGCCCGCAGGAUCGCAUCUUUGUAGAUGAAGCCCUGCUGAAGGCAAAUACGCUGAAGGAGGGGUUACUUGUGCACUACACGGCGGAGCUCGGCCAGCGCGGUAGGAUGGAGGCGAGGUUCUUGCGGUGUUGA